UCAUUAAACCUUAAAAGAAACAACAACUUAAAAAAAAUCUUUGCCAAUCAUCUAAAUAAUAAUUUAAUAACAUUAAAAAAAAAGCUCUUGAAAACUGUAAAGAUGGCUCAAUUGCUAAGUCCAGUAUGUGCUGAUCCAUUCAAAUUGCAGAACCCAGUACAUAAAUUUAAUGCACAUUCAAGUAGAAGUAGGUGGAGCGUGCAAUCUACGCGCCGCUAUAAAUGGCGCGUUUUAGGUCACAGUAGAAGGAGGAGCUCGACACGAGUUCAAGCAGUUGCUGAUGAUUCAAUGGAGAUGGUUGAUGAAUUAGCCGAUGAUUAUUAUGCAGUUUUAGGACUGACACCAGAUGCUACACCACAACAAAUCAAAAAAGCUUAUUACAAUUGUAUGAAAGCUUGCCAUCCUGACUUGACUGGUGAUGAUCCAGAGACUAUGAACUUUUGCAAGUUCAUUAAUGAAGUAUAUGGGGUUCUAAGUGAUCCAGUGCAACGCAUGGUGUAUGAUGAAAUUCAGGGAUAUUCUUUGACAGCGAUAAAUCCAUUCAUGGAUGAUUCGGCCCCAAGAGAUCAUGUCUUUGUUGAUGAAUUUAGCUGCAUAGGAUGUAAAAACUGUGCUAAUGUGGCACCGGAUGUUUUUGAAAUUGAAGAAGACUUUGGACGGGCCAGAGCCUACCGACAGUGUGGCAUGUGUGACCUUGCUCAACAAGCGAUCGAAAGCUGCCCAGUUGAUUGUAUCCAUUGGACAACUGCAGCUCAAUUAACUUUGCUUGAAGAUGAGAUGCGUAGAGUGGAACGAGUGAAUGUUGCACUGAUGCUAGCAGGCAUGGGAGCAUCAUCGGAUGUGUUUAGAAUGGCCAAUUCUCGUUGGGAGAAGCGACAGUCAAAAAUUCUGGAAAAAGCUAGAUUGAGAAUGAUGAAAGAGAAUGGCGCUGCUGCUGCUGAUGCAUACUGGAGUAACCUGUGGGGAAAGCAGAAAGAGUACCAAAGUACAGAGGAAGAAGUAAAAGAGCGAGCAAGGCGAGCAGCUGCAGCAGCUCGAAGAUGGCGAGAGUACUCAAGGAGAGGUGCCGAUAAACCUCCUACCUAUAAACUUCCUGAGGCAGUGGAAGUGUCUACAGAGUAACUACCAUCCCACAUGCAUAUAAUGAUUAACCUUUCCCUUCUCGAUAUAAUUCUUCUUACAAAUGUAUAGCUUAUAAUUUGCAUAUAUCUCAUAUCUACAAGCUUUUGUCUUUUCUAAAUUUAAUGCUUCUCUUACUAUAAUCUAAAUUGUAACUAGAAUAUAUAUGAAUUUAUGAAGGUAUAUACGUAGAAGUUAGAGGGGCA